UUCCUGGCGGAGCGGAGCGGCGGGGCCUGGGAUGGCGGGGCUGGGCCCCCGCGACUGAGCGUCGCGGCCGGGGAGGCCGGGCGGGCCGGCCCGCGGCGGCAGCCCCUGCAGCAGGUGUUGCUUCCUCGCCGGGGUCGAACGAUGGGACCGUGUGCUGUUGGUUCGUUUCACUUGUCUUCUGGCCCGUUCUCUGUGCACCCGCCUUCCCCAGGAAAAGAAACUGAAACUGACCAAGAAGCUUAGGAUACCAGUUUCCGAAAGGCUGGGAUUCUCGAAAGGUUUUGGACCCUUGUUGAUUCUCCUGCUUUUGAAGGAAGCCAGGAUGUUCCAGUCCAUGAUGUCUGUGAGAUUCUCCAUGUCUGAUAAUAUCACACAUUCAACUGCCCUGGUGACAGCACUGGAUAAUGUGACAACUUUGUCCCCGACAACAACUCAGGCAAUCAAUGACACCAACAUCACUGUGCCACACAAGUGCCUGUUGUUGCUCUAUGAGGACAUAGGGAAGUCCAGAGUCCGCUACUGGGAUCUUCUGCUCCUGGUUCCCAAUGUGCUUUUCUUUAUGUUUCUUCUCUGGAAGCUGCCCUCUGCCAGGGCCAAAAUCCGGGUCACUUCCAGCCCAAUCUUCACUACGUUCUACAUACUGGUAUUUGUGGUGGCUUUAGUUGGUAUUGCCCGUGCUGUUGUCUCCAUGACUGUGAGUGCAUCUGAUGCUGCCACAGUUGCUGACAAGAUCCUGUGGGAGAUUACAAGGUUCUUCCUUCUGGCAAUUGAACUGAGUGUGGUGAUUCUAGGCCUUGCCUUUGGUCACCUGGAGAGCAAGUCGAGUGUGAAACGUGUUCUGGCAAUCACUACAGUGCUGUCUCUGGCAUAUUCUGUCACCCAGGGCACCCUGGAAAUCCUAUAUCCUGAUGCCCAUCUCUCAGCAGAAGACUUCAACAUCUAUGGCCAUGGAGGGAGACACUUUUGGCUUGCCAGCUCCUGUUUCUUCUUUCUGGUCUAUUCCUUGGUGGUGAUUCUUCCAAAAACUCCUCUGAAAGACCGGAUUUCUUUGCCCUCCAGGAAGAGCUUUUAUGUUUAUGCUGGAAUCCUGGCACUGCUGAACCUGGUUCAGGGCCUGGGCAGCGCCCUCCUCUGUGUGGACAUCAUAGAAGGACUGUGCUGUGUUGAUGUUACCACGUUCCUUUACUUCAGCUUCUUUGCACCUCUCAUCUAUGUGGCAUUCCUGAAAGGCUUCUUUGGGUCUGAACCGAAGAUCCUUUUCUCCUAUAAAUGCCAGGUGGAUGAACCUGAGGAUGUGGAUGUGCACCUACCCCACCCUUAUGCUGUUGCCAAGAAGGAAGGAAUGGAUUCUGGGUUCUACUCAAGCACUCAGAUUGACACCACAGCCUACCUGGAUGAUGUGGCCUCUCUGCCAUAUCACGUGGGCAGCAUCAACAGCACAGACAGUGACCGCUGGAAAGCCAUCAAUGCCUGAGGCAGGGCUGCUCUCUUCACACAAUGCCUCCUUCCUUGCCUUCCAAACUGCCUGGUACCACAGCUGUUAGAAUGUCCAUUGGAAGUCUGUCCUUGGCUAGCUGCCAUGGCUUUCCUCUCUUCCUUUGGACUUCAAAAAUCUAUUGUGGAACUAAGUUGGCAGCCCAAAUCCUGUUGGAAAGAACAAUUUUCUGUUGCUACCUGAGAGCAAUGUAGAACAUUUCUGUUCCUAAACCUAUAAAUACUGAACCUUCCUGAUCCUCUGUGUUCCAGAUGUGAAUAUGACCCAGAAGACAGGCCUGACUGGCAUCUCUUUCCUUUUUGAUGACUGAAAGCACUUGUCUACCAACAGGGGAAUGAUACUUAGGGAAGAGGGUGGUGAUUUGACUGCUGUAUUGUACAUAUAUAGAAAGAAUUUGGUGGUUGAAACCAAAGGUGGUUGUCCUGGGAUUUUUUCAAGCAGCAUGGCUGCUUGGGUCAUGUCAUACUGCAACAGCACAGGUGGUGAUAGUGUCUGAAGAUGGAAGCUGGUUGGCUGGGUUCAUCUCUGGUUUCAGCUGAUACUGAUGAAAAUUGUGAAUUACAGUUGCUAGGAGUUAAAAGGAGUGUUCUGAGUGUGUGGGAAGAAGAGAGGUAUGAAGAGGAAAGAACUGUUCUUGAUGCCCUGGGAGCAUUUUGAGGGGGCCAGUAGCUAGCAGCAUGGAUGUGAACUGACUAAACAAUAGGGAGACAGAAGGACAGACAAUGCUGCUGUCUAGCUGAGCUGAAGUAGCUGUGAAAUCAGUCUAUGGAGGCUGUACCACUGUGCAUCUGAGCUCCCAGGGAAUCCUAGGUAACAACACCGAGUCGGGGCUGAGUUUCAAGAAUAAAACCUGUGAGAUGGGUGCAUUUUCCAUCUGCACCCUGCUUCAUGGCUCUGGCAGGUUCCUGAGAGUUCACUGAAGGAGGAAGCUGACUCUGCAGAUGAAAGCUCCAGGGAUAUUCAGGAGCUUGAGGCAGAGCAGAAGCCCAUGAUGAGUCUGAGCUUGUCAGUAUUUAGUGACUGGAAACCCUCAAGCACUGUAGGUAUGCUAGAGUCAAGCUGGCUGGUGUUUGAAGUCAGGAGGCAAGUAGAAGGUAGUUGUGUUUCUCUUGCAGUGUCCUCUUGCGUUGCAGUUCAGGUUCCCAGACUUCUAGUUCUGAGGUUUUAUGGCCUGGUAUGUUGAAAAUACUAAUGUGCAUGUGGAGUGUGGUCCAUCUAAAGACUAUCUGCAACUUCCUAUUAACCUCUACUGUGCUGGAAAAGGGACUACUGUUGUCUGAGCUGUCUGGCACGUGGUUCCAAGACAUUGUGUUCCAAUCCAGGGAUCAGCUGAAAGCUGCAUCAGGCUGGUUUCUGGGACAUACUGUGCUCUCCAAGGAUGAAGACGUGUAUUCCUCUAGCUUUGGGGGUGCUUUCCUACCCGAGUCCUUCAGAUAGGUGGUCUGCUAUAAGCAAUAGUAACUUGCCAUUGGAGGUGGUGAAAAGAGGGAAAUAGAAAUGUUUGGGGACUGUGUGAAUCUCUUGCCCCAAGUCACUGCUGUUCCUGAAGAAUAUUGAUGUAAGAGUUUCUGGGAAAUCAUCAUGCAGGGUGCAGCAUGGGGUGUUAGUUUGGAUCAUAAGCAGGUAGGGGAAAGCAUUCACCACCAGGUGUUCUCACCACAGGGAAAUAAAGUUUGGGUAAGAACACGAAGUUCAUGUUGGUUGCCAAAACUAUGCAGGCCCUUUGCUUAUCUGUUUUUGUUAAUGAGCAAUGCAGCCUCUCUGUUCUGCCUGUGGACUUUGCUCUGCAGGCCUCUAAGUAGCACUGACACCUUGAAAACAAACCACCACCACCUUUAUUAUUAUUUUUCAUUUACUUUUGAGGGGAAAAAGGCUUCUGUUUGUCCAUGUGCAAGAGCUGAAUUGUCUCAUGUAGGUCAACUGCAUUUCACAUUUCCCCUCCAUACAAUGUCUGUGGGAGGGUGGGACAUGCAACUGGUCAAGUCAGCCCUUGCCACAUUAGAGAAGUGUUCCAUGUUCCUCCUGUUGCUUGCUGUGAAUCAGCCUGAGCCAUGCUUGCUUGCUCUGAAAGGGAUGGAUGAUGUAGUGCCUGAAUUGUCCUGCUGCUGCUCCUUGUGCUGCUCACAUCACUGUACCUGAGCUGCUGUUAGGAAGUGUGGGGAAACCUACAAAGCUUCCCUGGAAUUGGUGGGCUUUGGACAGAGCCAAGACAUAUUAAGGUCUUAAAGCAGGUGAAAAAUAAAGGAGCAACUGCUUUUCCAUGCCAAGGAGUAUUUGCUUACUGUCAACACCCUGGCUGAGGGGACUUACCUGCCCUCCUUGGUGAUGUGAAGAACAGGUUAUGAAUUUACCAUUCUAUCAGCUGAAUUCAGUGCUGAAGGAUCACCUGUGCAGGUGGUUGAUGUGUCCAUCCUGUCCUUUGCUGGCAGGACUCCAGUAUUUCUGGAGUGCCACAGCAUUCUGCUGCUGAGGAGCUUCUGUGCUAGGUCAUGGACUGACCUUCCUCUGUUGUGUUUUUAUGUAUGUACAGUGCUUUGGGCCAUAUUCAAAAUGGUCCUCGAGCAGAAGUUUGUUGUGUGUGUGAGGGGAUGCAAAGAGAGAAAAUAUAGAAUAAAUGUAUAUUUUUGUUUGUAAAAUAAAUAAAUAAAAUUAAGUUUGGCAUAAA